CUUUCCUUUCUUCCGUCGUCGCUGCCUUAUGACGUCAUCGAAUCGCUGCUGAAACUGGAGCGUAGUGAAACCAUGGACAAAAACAGAUCACUGAAUCUUGUAAAGGUACAUGGUGUUGGGGGUUAUGACUCAGACUUUAGUGAUGAUGAAAUUCAAGAAGAAACAUCUGACCAGAAAAAGAAAAGGAUACGUAAAGAUGACCCUCUGCUCCAAAAGACAUUUCAGAAAGGAAAGCAUGUUAAGUUGGUCCACAAGCAUCUCGCAGCUCAAGAAUGGGAUAGGGAAGAAGCAAGAAACAGACGGCAUCACUUGAUUUCAAUGAAUGCUUAUGACAGACACAAAAAGUUUGUCAGUGAUUAUAUAUUGUUUUAUGGUGGCAAGGAGGAGGACUUUAAGCGCUCCACAGAAAAAGACAAAACAGAUGUGGAUGUGAUCAAGGAAAACCAUCGGUUCCUGUGGAGAGAGGAAGAUGAAGACGAUAUGACUUGGGAGAAAAAUCUGGCAAAGAAAUACUAUGAUAAAUUAUUCAAAGAAUAUUGCAUUGCUGAUCUCAGCAGAUAUAAAGAAAACAAGUUUGGUUUCAGAUGGCAAGUGGAGAAGGAAGUUGUUUCAGGAAAAGGCCAGUUCUUCUGUGGAAACAAGAACUGUGAUACAAAGGACGGUCUGAAAAGCUGGGAGGUGAACUUUGGCUACGUUGAACAAGGGGAGAAGAGGAACGCCCUUGUAAAACUGCGACUGUGUCCAGAAUGUUCCUUCAAAUUAAACUUCCAUCACAGGAGGAAAGAAGUUAAACCAAAGAAGAGGCAGAGAACAGAGGAAGGUGAAGAUGAACCACUGUCAAAAAAAUCCAAAUCAUCAGUGACCAAGAAACACAGAAGCAAGGGGAAAAGAAAAGCAGAAAGUCAUUCACCUAAAAGUUCAGAGGACUCGGAUGCAUCUGAUAGAGAUUCUGACAACUGUGAUGAAACAGAAGGCCCCUCUGAUGCAGACUAUUGGAAAGGUCCUGCGCCAAGUGUAGACGAGAAAACAAGGGAAGAAGAGUUUGAUGACUAUUUUCAAGAUAUGUUUCUUUGACUCACUGAAGAUGGCCCUUGUAUCAGAAAGGCGCACAGUUAAUUCAACGCAGGGAAGGGAGAAGAAGCCCCUAGGACCCAAAUGUACUCUGACAGAUUUGCGAUUUUCUUU